AUGACCGAUAGAUCUGCUAUUCAAUUAAUCGAUGAAGAGAAAGAAUUUCAUCAGAGUGCGUUACAAUAUUUUCAACAAUGUAUUGGAAAUCGUGAUGUUGGUCUAGAUUAUCAUGUCAUCUCCGUGUUCGGUUCUCAAUCUAGUGGUAAAUCUACUCUACUCAACGUCCUUUUUAACACCAAUUUUGAUACCAUGGAUGCGCAGGUAAAAAGACAGCAGACUACUAAAGGUAUUUGGUUGGCUCACACAAAUGAAGUUAAUACAACUAUGGCAAUCAAUAGUGGCCGUCCAGAUAUUUUUGUACUUGAUGUUGAAGGUUCUGAUGGUUCAGAAAGAGGUGAAGAUCAAGAUUUUGAGAGAAAGGCCGCCCUGUUUGCCAUCGCAGUAUCUGAAGUUCUGAUUGUUAAUAUGUGGGAGCAGCAAAUUGGACUAUAUCAAGGAAAUAAUAUGGCAUUAUUGAAAACAGUUUUUGAGGUCAAUCUUUCUCUUUUUGGAAAAAAUGACAAUGAUCACAAGGUUCUGUUACUUUUUGUAAUUAGAGACCACGUAGGCGUUACUCCCCUCUCAAGUUUAAGUGACUCUGUUACAAGGGAAUUGGAAAAAAUAUGGUCAGAGUUAAGUAAACCUGCCGGUUGCGAGGGUUCCAGCCUGUAUGACUUUUUUGAUUUAAAGUUCCUUGGGUUGGCUCAUAAAUUGUUGCAAGAAGAUAAAUUUACUCAAGAUGUCAAGAAAUUAGGUGAUUCGUUUGUAAUGAAAGGUACAGAGAAUUAUUACUUCAAGCCUCAGUAUCAUCACAGGUUACCAUUAGAUGGAUGGACUAUGUAUGCUGAGAAUUGCUGGGAUCAAAUUGAACACAACAAAGAUUUGGAUCUUCCAACUCAACAGAUUCUGGUGGCUAGAUUUAAAACUGAAGAGAUUUCUAAUGAAGCUCUAGAGGAAUUCAUUUCGAAGUACGAUGAGUCCAUUGCUCCCUUGAAGGGUAGUUUAGGUUCUUUAACAUCUCAAUUAGUGAAGCUUAAAGAAGAGUGCCUAACAAAAUAUGAUGAACAAGCAUCACGCUAUGCAAGGAAUGUGUAUAUGGAGAAAAGAGAAAGUUUAAUUGUAAAACUGAAUUCGCAUAUUUCAGGCACAAUAAAUGAGUUUUUAGAAACGUUAAUGGAAAAACUAUGGGAAGAAUUAAAAGUGCAAGUGCUUUCUAGAGACAAAGCCACCACUUCUUUCGUAGAAAGUUUAACUAUAGGUAGAACUAGCAUUGAGAAAGAAUUUAAAAAAUCAAUAGACACUUUCAAAAACCUGGGCCUACUAACAUCAGAUGAAGAAAUUACUAGCAAAUUCUCCACUGAUUUUGAAGAAAAAGUUAAGCAACUACGUGAUGCUGAAUUAAAAACAAAAAUCAGCCGUAUCAGAAAAAAUUUGAUCCCCGAGUUGAAGGAUCACGUAAUUCAUUUACUAUCACAUCCAUCUAAAAAGGUUUGGGAUGACAUAAUGGACGAUUUCGAAUCUACUAUCAGAAGCAACCUCUCCGUUUAUCAAUUGGAAAAAGGGAAGUAUGAUUUUAAGAUUGGAUUUUCAGAUGGCGAAAACGCAAAUAUUUACAAAAAUAUCAGAAUUUUAGCGUGGAGAACCUUAGAUACCACAGUACAUGACUACCUGAAAAUAGAUACCAUUGUUAGUAUAUUGAGAGAUAGGUUUGAAGAUGUAUUCAGAUAUGAUGCUGAAGGAUCUCCCAGAUUGUGGAAAACAGAAGAAGAAAUCGAUGGGGCAUUCCGCAUUGCAAAAGAACAUGCCUUGGAGGUAUUUGAAGUUCUUUCGCUUGCCAUCACGUCUGAAAACGUUGAGAUUAUACCUGAUGUGCCAAUGUCAGAAGAAGAAAAUGGUGAGGACAAUGAAAUAUACCGGGAUAAUGAGGGCGUAUUCCAUUCCCGUCGCUUUGCACACAUUUUAACCGAAUUGCAAAAGGAAAAUGUUUUAGAUCAAUUCCGCAGGCAAAUAAAUAUUACCGUCUUGGAUUCCAAAAGAUCGAUCAUCACUACGAGAACGCAUAUUCCACCCUGGAUUUACAUUUUGCUAGCUGUGUUGGGAUGGAACGAAUUUCUGGUCGUUAUAAGAAACCCCUUAUUUGUAACUCUUACCUUAAUCUUUGGUGCGACCUUCUUUGUCAUCCAUAAAUUCGGUUUAUGGGGACCUGUUGUGAAUGUUGUUCAGAGUGCCAUCGGUGAAACGAGAACUGCAAUCAAGGAUAAAUUAAGAAAAUUUGUCGCUGAAGGUCCCGAAAUGAAUGAAUCUUUUGAAAUGAAAGAUUUCUCCAAGCACGAACAAAAGGAAGAAUGA